UCGGUCUUCAGGACAGGAGCCCUGCCUGCUUUGUCACCCCUGCAAGAGCAGAAAACCUCUUCUCCUUAAGUGGGCCAUAAACACCAAAAGCCUCAAGCCUAUAGAAAGCAGCCACUGAGGUCCCCGAGGGUGCCUUUGGGGCUUGCAGAACUUUAAAAGAGAUUUUAAGAAAAUCAGGUAGCCUGUUUGCAUAUUCAAGGCAACAGAAGGGCAUUUCCUGCAGUUUAAGUGCUUCUUGUAAAUGCCCUACAGCCUUCACUGCACCCUUAAGCUCGGAUAUGCCUUUUGAAAGAGAUAACCUUUUUGGGUUGGUUGUAUGUGGCUGUAUUUAGAUCAUACGAUAUUCAGUGUUGUGACCGCUGCUGCUUACUUGUGUUUAGCUGGAUUCUUCCAGCUAACCCCCCCUUUCACAAUCCACACGGGUUUAUGCUAACAUUGGAGUUACAGCUCCCUGGAAAUGCUUUACACUACGAACAUGGAUGUGACUGGGGCAGGAGGGGCGCAUUGGUACCCCAGAUCUUUUGGAGAAUAAGAGAAUACUAAAAUAGUUUGAAAUACGAGUGCUUGAUACUGAGUAACAUGAGACCUCAGAAUGCUGGUCUAAGUAAAACAUUCGGAGUGCACUGGGAGUGCAGCAUUGUUUCUUAAUCAUUGUAUGAUAUUUGCCUGACAGACAGAUUGCUACUCAGCUUUUACAUCUCUAUCUCUGAUCACAAUUUUCAUUCUUAACAAGGUGAACGGUGUCUACUGUGCAGGAAGGGGAACAUUCAGAUGAUGUAGAACGGUUUUGGGGCCAUCCUUGUUAUUGCUUCCUACAUAUUCUACAUACUACAGAGUCCCCUCAGUCAUUCUUUCAAAGCUUUCCUAUACUGAGUGGAGACUCUGAUGUGGACUUUGAAUAGUUACUUGUCCUUAUGCCCCGGUUUCAGCAGGCACAGAGUUAAUUUUCUUCUUAGUAGCAGGCACGGUGCUGUGGUUUUGAUUUGGUGUGAGAACAAUGUUGAUGGCACACGGAUGGUUUUGGUUGUUGCUGGCUGAUGUCUAUACCAAGUCAAGGAGUUUUUGGUUUCUCAGGCCUUGCCAGCGAGAGGGCUGGAGGGGCACAAGAAGCUGGGAGGGGACACAGCUGACCCAAACUAGCCAAAGAGAUAUUCCACUCGAUAGAACAUAACAUCAUGCUAAGUAUAUAAACCGGGGCGAGCUGGCCAAGGCCAACCAAUUGCUGCUUGAGGACUGGCUGAGCAUUGACCAGCAGAAGGUGAACAAAUUGUAUUGUUCAUCACUUGGUCUUUUCCCUUCUCCCCUUUGGAUUUUUUUUCCUCUCCCCUUCUCCCUCCUUUUCAUUACAGUUGUUGUUGUUACUAUUAUUAUUAUUAUUGGGGUUUAUUUAUUUUCUUUUAUUUCAAUUAUUAAACUGUUCUUGUCUGAACCCUCCAGUUUUAUCUUUUCUAAUUAUUCUUCCCAUCCCUUGGCAGGGGGUUGGGGGUGGGGGGGCAGUGGUGAGUGAGUGGCUGCAUGGUACUAAGUUGCCAUCUGGGGUUAAACUGCGACACCUUAAUGUCCAAAAAAGACAUAGGCUGUGUCUGCAUUUUGUGAUCCACCCAUAGGUGUUAGACAUUUUAAGAGAAGAAACCUAGCUGAGUUUGGUUGGAGCAAAUUUUGCUUUCAACCAAGACUUGCUUGCCUUUAUGGUAUGCUGAACUAGGGCUUUGAUUGUUGAGUUUUCCAUAACAAACAAUAACCAGUGUUUAUCACUUGAUGAAUUUUAAAAUACAACUUUUAAAGUUUUUAGUUUCUAGGUGGAAUCGCUAAAUUGAACAGCAAUAACUAUGGGAGAAGCUGCAAAACCUUGUUUUGCCAAACAAGGUAAAGAACAGGAAAUUCCACAUCAAGAAGAAUUAAAAGGAAGUCCCUUGCAGAAAGUCUACCAAGUCAUGGAUGAAUACGGAAAUGGACGUAGCAAUAAAAAGGAUACUAGCCUGCAGAAGAAAAAGGGAACACCGGUUUAUUGCGGAAACAGUACCAGGCGAGGGCUACAUAGUUUUUUGAAUAGCCCAUAUUCACUCAAAAACAUGACUUGCAGUCAAGGGUCAAAGUCAAAUGAUACCCAAAGAGACCAAAUGAAGAAGUGGGUAUCUGAUGACCAUCAUGGUACUUCUGACAGUUGGAGAGAGUACAAAUCUGUUGCCUGGUUUCCUAUGCAUAGCAGGACAAGAAAGGACUCUUUGCAUGAAGUUGAAGGUGCAGGAAACAGAAAUGUAAGACGACAAGUUCAGGAAGACUUAAUGAGUGAAGACGUGCCAGACACUCAGAAAGGAAACUCUGAAAUGAAGUUUAGGAAACCAAGAAGACUGAGAAGAACUAGAAAAGAUGAGUGUGAUCAAGAUGAAGUGGAUGGUCCAGUCAUAGAUGAAUCUGUGCUGUCGGCAAAAGAACUUCUAGGGUUGCAGCAAGCUGAAGAACGAUUGAAGCGAGACAGCAUUUAUAGACUGAAGAAGCCUCGAAGCUACCCAUCAGCAAAAUACACCUGCAAAUUAUGUGAUGUUUUGAUUGAGUCUGUGGCUUUUGCUCAUAAGCAUAUUAAAGAGAAAAGACACAAGAAAAGCCUAAAGGAAAAGCAAGAAGAACAGCUGCUGACUGCUCUGCCUCCUGCAACACCUUCCCAGAUACAAGCGAUUGGUGUUGCUAUUGAAAAUGUAGUGCAGGAGUUUGGCUUAAAUAAGGAAGAUCUAGAAGAAAGGCUCAGCAUUAAAACAGUGAUGGAAAAUUUACUGCAUCAGAAAUUGCCAGAGUGCUCAUUAAGAUUGUAUGGCUCCUCCUAUAGCAGAUUUGGUUUCAAAACUUCAGACAUAAACAUAGAUAUCCAGUUUCCUGCCAAUAUGACUCAACCAGAUGUUCUCCUGCUUGUGCAAGAAAGUCUCCAGAACAGUGAAUCCUUUACGGAAGUUGAUGCAGAUUUCCAUGCUAGAAUACCAGUGGUGGUGUGCAGAGAAAAGCAAAGUGGCCUUAUUUGUAAAGUGAGUGCAAGGAAUGAGAAUGCUUGUCUGACAACAAACCAUUUGGCUACACUUGGAAAACUGGAACCUACUGUAGUACCUUUAGUGGUUGCCUUCAGGUACUGGGCAAAGUUGUGCUGUGUUGAUCGUCCUGAAGAGGGAGGCUUGUCACCUUAUGUGUUUGCUUUAAUGGUUAUUUUCUUCCUACAACAGAGGAAAGAGCCUUUUCUACCUGUCUAUUUGGGAUCAUGGAUUGGAGGAUUCUCAUUAAACAAAUUAACUAAUUUCCAGCUGAAAGAAGUUGAGAAUGAUUCUGUGGUUUGGGAGCAUAACCCAACUGAUGAUCCUGAUUUGCCACAAGAAACUUACCCUAGAAGGGGCAAGGUUCCCUUAGUGUUUGGUUCAGGACAGCAGUGUUCAGCACCUGCUGGUCAGCUAUGGCUAGAACUACUUCGUUUCUAUGCCUUGGAGUUCAAUAUGGCUGAUUUGGUUAUUAGCAUACGACUCAAAGAAACAGUGUCUCGUGAAUUGAAGGACUGGCCUAAAAAGCGCAUUGCUGUAGAAGACCCAUAUUCAGUCAAAAGGAAUGUGGCAAGAACUCUGAACAGCCAGCUAGUGUAUGAGUAUAUUCUUCACUGCCUGAGAGCAACUUACAAGUACUUUGCCUUGCCUCACAAAAAAAGUGCAAAAUUGAGCAAGAAGUCCCCUCCAAAUGCCGGUGAGGAGAAAUCCCAAAUGCUAGACCAUGGAAAAAAUGCUGUAAAGCAUGAAAAUUCUGAGUUGCAGAACUUGGAUGGUAGAACAAACACAGCAGUAGUGGAAGACUGCAUAACAGAGACCACAAGUAUGACCCAGGUACAUACAGCUGGUCCUUCAAAACUAUGUGAUGGCUCAGAAUGUCUCACAGAAGAAGAACUGGCUGUUGAUAUAAGUCAUUUGGGAAUUGCCCAUGAAGAUUCAGACUGUAUAAUUGAGGAAUUUAUUUCUGGAGAUAAUGAGGAUUUUAAACCAAUUUGUGAAGAGUCAGAGAGUGGAAAUGAAGAGGAGGAAGAGGAGGAAGAUGACCAUGAACACCAAAAAAGAUGGACUAGUAUCUUGGCUAGUGAGCAUGGAAUAGGUGAAGACAGUGAUAGUGGAGAUCUCCCUGUCACAGUGAGUGAGCAUGACAUAGAGACAUGUAGCACUUCAGAUUUAGAAGGUUUUCAAAAUUCUGCACUUACAGAGAGUGAUGAGUUUGGCUUAGAGUGCAGUGGUAUAAUGGAUGACAAGAUUGACAUUGAUGAGGAGAGCACUGAAGGUACUGAUGAACUGGAUGAAUCCCCAGAGAAAUUCCAACGUUCAGCACAGACACAAAUAUCCCAGAUGAUUAACUGGGAUAAAAAGGAGGAAGAGGAAGGAGAACCAAGUCAUCUAAACCAGAGAGAAUGUGGUAUUAUGAUAAGAGCUGGAGAUGAACUGGGUGACACAUACACUGGAUCUGGAGACGAUGAUGCACUGUCAGAGGAGGAAGAUUUUUCCAUCCUAAAUAAAUAUGAGAACAAACAUUUCAAAAAAAAUGUGGACGGACCUCUGAGGAUCCAUUUGAGUCAAGAAGAUCUUACUGAGAAGGGAAGCCUUUUUGAAGAGAACACAGUGAUAGAGCAGUGCUUAGAAUCUGAACUUUUUUAUGAAUUCAGUAAAUCAGCUUUUACAAAGGGCAAGUCUCCUACAGUUGUAUGUACCUUGUGCAAACGGGAAGGUCAUUUAAAGAGGGAUUGUCCAGAAGACCUGAAAAAAAUUGAGCUUGACCCACUGCCAGCACUGACACCCAAAUUUUCAGUUAUUCUAGAUCAAGUUUGUGUCCAAUGUUACCAUGAUUUUGCUACAAAUAUUGUAGAAGACGAGGCUCGGGAAUUUAUAAGGCAAAACUUGGAAAACUUCAUUAGACAGUAUUUCCCAGGAACCAAGCUGAAUUUGUUUGGGUCUUCAAAAAAUGGUUUUGGCUUCAAACAAAGUGACCUUGAUAUCUGUAUGACGAUAGAUAGGCUGGAAACUGCUGAGGGACUUGACUGCAUCAGAAUCAUUGAAGAUUUAGCAAAAAUUCUCAAGAAGCAGUCAGGUUUAAGAAAUAUCUUGCCUAUAACAACUGCUAAAGUCCCAAUUGUCAAAUUUUUCCAUGUCAGAAGUGGUCUUGAAGUAGACAUCAGUUUAUAUAAUACUCUGGCCUUGCAUAACACAAGACUCCUGUCGUCAUAUGCAGCCAUUGAUCCUAGAGUGAAAUACCUGUGUUACACAAUGAAAGUCUUUACGAAGAUAUGUGACAUUGGGGAUGCAUCUCGAGGUAGCCUUUCUUCUUAUGCAUAUACUCUUAUGGUGCUUUAUUUUCUUCAACAGAGAAAUCCACCUGUCAUCCCUGUUCUUCAAGAGAUCUACAAAGAACCAAAGAAACCUGAAAUUUUAGUUGAUGGCUGGAAUGUUUAUUUCUUCGAUAAGAUAGAGGAGUUGUCAUCUGUUUGGCCAGACUGUGGCAAAAACACAGAAUCUGUUGGGCAGCUGUGGCUGGGACUUCUCCGUUUCUACACAGAAGAAUUUGAUUUUAAAGAGCAUGUUAUCUGCAUUAGGAGAAAAAAUCUGCUUACAACUUUCAAGAAACAGUGGACCUCCAAAUACAUUGUAAUUGAAGACCCCUUCGAUUUGAACCACAAUCUUGGAGCUGGAUUGUCAAGGAAAAUGACAAAUUUUAUAAUGAAGGCUUUUAUCAAUGGUAGAAGGGUAUUUGGUACUCCUGUAAAAAUAUUUCCCAAAGAAUAUCCAUCAAAAAUGGAAUACUUUUUUGAUCCAGAGGUAUUAACAGAAGGAGAAUUGGCACCAAACGAUAGAUGCUGCAGAAGCUGUGGUAAAAUUGGCCAUUUCAUGAAAGAUUGUCCCAUGAGAAGAAAACUAAGACAGAAUCAUGAUUAUGAAGACAGCAAAAACCAGAGGUACACAGAAAACAAGGAGAAAAGAAGCAAAGAGGACAAAGAAACACAAAAUAAAACAACAGAAAAGGAAAGCUCAAUCAAGGAGGGAAAGUUGCAUCUAUGUACACCUCAGAAGAAGAAACUAGCAAGGGUGAUAGCAGAAACUGGAAGAGAAAAGACUCCCAGGCAUUCAGCAGAGAAGUGGAAGCACCUGGAAGACAGAGACUUAAAAGAAAAACGUUGUUUUAUCUGUGGAAGAGAAGGUCAUAUUAAAAAGGAAUGCCCACAGUAUAAAGGAGCUACAGGUGGUUCAAAACCGGAAGUGUUGUGUGGAUCCCCUUCUUUACCCAGUGCUGCCAAACAUGCUGUUAGAUUAAAUCAGGGAGUGAUUUUACAUGAAGAAAAAAAUAAACAAAAAGGAAAAGUAUUUUUGAGUCCCCAGUCAGUCUUAGGCAGCCUUUCCAAUAAAUACAUGACUCAGGGAAAAGCCUCACAGAAGAGGACCCAACAAGAAUCUUGAGGAAUAUUAAGCACUGUUAAAUUGCAAUACAGGCACUUCAUUCAUUUAAAAAAAAUUAUUUAGCUAAAGCAUCUGGAUUCACAGGACAGCAGCAUAGACAACCUUCGACUUAACUACGUUGUGUUUUAUUUUAGAUUGCUAGUACAAGUAACUGUGUCUUUUUCUUAUGAACAGAAAAGGGCAGGUACUGAAAAUGAACUGUUUUCACGGUUUUGUUGUUCCAGCUGACCAUUCUAAAAUGCACUAAAAUUGUGUGCAAGCCAAAUACAUUAUAUUUUCUUCAAACAUUGAUUUUUUGAAGGCGCAAAUAAUAUUUAUUUAUGUAGAUUGUUUACCUUAAUCCUUGUGUAAACGUGUUCUAAAUGUUUGUAGACUGCCACAUUAUUUUUUUUAUGUAGAGAACUGAAAACUUAGACACUAGUAAACAUAUGUAAAACAAUCUUUGGACAAGCAGUGCCAUUGAUUUCUUGGGGUUUUUUCUGUUUUGUGAUUUUAUGGGAGUUCAUUUGCUGCUGUGCUUGUGUACAAGAAGAAAGACUAAAAAACAGGUCAGUCCUGUUUGCUGCUGCUAAGAAUUUUUUUCAAGGCCUUUGGGGAUACAAACAAAAAUGCUUUAAGGAGUAGAGGUAUUAUAUUUGGCAACUAGGAAAAUAUAUGUCAAUUUUCAUAAAAUGUGCAUAGGAUCCUUGUACCAGCCAAGAAUUUACUUAGUACUAUUAAUCUGAGCUUCACCUGAAGUCCUUCUGGCGCUGGUAAUGUACUGUCUUAUUUUGUUCAGGAAAGAAUUAGUUACAUGGUAAAGCUGAAACCACUGUUAUUUAUGACUUUGAAAUAAAUUGUAAAAAUAAAUAAAUCGGACUUAAGUGUC